UACCACUGUACAUCUUUAUGUUUUCUUACAUUUUUUGCUAGAUACACGACCCCACAGGCAAACCUGUUGCUCUAAACAAAAUCAUGUUUAAAUGAAGGAUUGUUGUUGUUGUUGUUGUUGUUGGGUAAAGCGCAUGGAUUAUGCUAUUGAUCGCUGAUCGAAAAAAAUUCUCCCCGCUUGUUUACAGGUUGGCGAUCAUCGUCAGUUCUUUAAAGGAACAGUAAUUCAAAAUCUGCUUGUAAUUGGACACACGAGGGUUGCAUUCAACGGUGUAAAAACCAAUCCGUGGUCGGUUGCCCAGUCCACAGCGGUUUUUUUCGAAUAGUUUACUUUCGCGGGUUAUGUAAAUUUGACACAGGCUCGUUCACCUUUGAAAAAGCAACAUUCGUUUAUGCUGUUCCUCGCCAUAUCCUUAUCGUCAGGUAAAUGUCUCCUUUCUUCGUUUUCGUCUCGUGCUUCCAAUGUUUUAUGUAGCCAUUUUCGCUCUUCUUGUAACAUAUUUGCACUAUUUUGUUCUAGAAACCACUGGCAAUGACAUGUAGUUAAGAGUUCAAGUCGUCGAUGAAUCAACUUUUUUACGUCAAACAAUUAUUGGUUGUGUGUUUGAUACAAACGGUGAAACCAAAAACGCGUUUUUCUCAAAGUUUGACGAGGAACUUGUGUAGUUUUGCCGUUUGCACUGAUGCGGGCGCGGGAGGACUGAACUCGGAAAUAAUUCAGGAAUAACGAUGAUAUUUUAAAAGCCAAGAACUAAAAAUGCUACGUGCUCGUGGGAUUUGCUCAACUUGGCCAGUCAUUAUUUUAGCCGUCAUGUUUGCAGCAAUGGUCUCCGCAUCAAGACCGAAAGAAGCAUGUUCCAAAAUUCGUCUUCCAUCGGGAAAGUGUUGCGUGUUCCCGUUUGAGUACAAUGGUAGACAAUACAAUGAAUGUACAGUGGACGGAUCAACAGUGAGACCUUGGUGUGCUACAACAUCUAAUUACACUCAGGACAGAGAAUGGGAAUACUGUGAAUUGCAGCAAAGCUGGUGUCCUCCAGGAUGGUCUCAUCUGAAAAACAGUUGUGUAUUCAUAAAGACGUCGCCAUCGUAUUAUUAUUAUUAUCGUGAAUAUGGCGUUAGCAGCUGGACAAGCGCACGUAAGGCAUGUAACGCGAAAGGCGCGGACCUCAUGGUAGUGCGGGAUCUGGAAGACUUAAACGGGCUCUUAUCCAUGUACUACACUACGGGAGAAUUUCGCCGCAGACCCCUGUUUUUAGGAUCACGAGAAAAUUUCAACUUGCGUUGGCAAUGGCCUCAAGGAGGCGUGGUUGAUGCAGCUCUGUGGGGACCGGGAGAGCCAAAUACGGCACAAUAUGGAAGAUGUGGAGUGAUUGAGAACUUUGAAAGAAGGAUGUUUAAUAGAGGCUGCGGUUGGUGGCUUGCCGCGAGAGUCUGCAGUAAAACGCGACCAUACAUAUGCGAGGCCAGACCAGUGAACAGGACGUGUCAACAAGGUUAUGAAUUAAUCGGUAAUCACUGCUACAAGAUACACACCAGUCCUCGCCUUGAUUGGGAGGAUGCUUGGUCAGAUUGCUUAAGCCAAAGCGGUUAUCUGGCAAUUAUCGACUCCUACGAAAAACUACAAGGAAUUGUCCCACUUUUGCGAUUAGUACAGUGGCCCUAUAUCUUUCACGUUGGGCUAAUCAGGGAUCUGGGCAGUUGGUCAUGGCUAGAUGGAACAUCUGUCGAUAGCGCAUUGUUUGAAGCGGGAUAUCCCCAAAAAGAAUCAGGCGAGACUUGCAUUGCAUUUUAUGGGUACUAUCCAGUGAUUAUUAACAUGCCCUGUGAUGAUUUACCUGGCGUUGCCUGCCAAAGUGCUCAAGCUACCAAAGCUAAUGUUGCUCAUAGAAGUUUGACUCGCUUCUCAAGUCUGGCUACAGGAAGCAAUUCAUCAUUUGCCGUCGACAACAACUCUGCAACCUGUUUUAUCUCUCAAAAGGUAACAGUGUUAAGAUAUGCACUGAAGUAACAAUGAUGUUACUCAAAGAAUUCUACCUCGUUCUCAGAGUCUUCGUUCCCCUUGACCAGCGGUCGGGAAACAAGCGACCCUGGAAAGUUCUGUCUAGAAGUCAAAAUUUAUCGGAUUUCUGGUUGAAUUGCGCAUGCUUAUCUGACAAACACGUUGAUCAAUCGAGUGGGUAGUGUUUAACUUCCGAAUAUAUGCAUAGUUCUUAACACAAAUCAAAUUCGAGCCUGUGACGGAACUCUCAAGUGUCGCUCGUUUUGUCGAGCUUGCGCAGUAAGGAACGAAGAUUUGAGGAAAGAGAUUGCAAGGAACUGAAUUAAAACAUCAUGACUAUGGUUUCUCACAACUUUGUA